GAAGAUGUUGGUUCCGGUGGUGUUCGUGGCGUUCGUGCUGAUCCGGGCGAUGGAUCGCAUUUUCCUCUACAGAGUUCAGAAAUCCAUGGAGCACUACACAGGCAUCGUCAUGAGCCUCUACUGGCCACCAAUGGUGCAGCUCAUGUGCUUCUUCGUGUCCUUGGGCUAUAUUGCACGAAAGCGCUACAUGGACGGCGACAAGUCCUACAACAUGAG